AUGGAUGUGGUUCUUGAAAUAGGGAAACGUGAGAUACGAAUUGGAACAGUAGAAGAACUAGAUCCUAUAAUUAUACCUAUAUCAUAUAAACACACAGGUGAAUCAAAUUAUUUAUCAGAUCAUUCAUUAACAAAAGAUCAAUAUCAAUCCAUCAUUUCUCAACUUGAUGAAAGUAAUCAAAUUAAAUUACAACAAUAUAAUGAAUCAUUAGGAACUUGGAUAGAUAUUGAAUUAAUAUCACCUAUGAUUUUACAAAAAUUAUUAUUCGAUGCAAUUGAUUCAAUUCCAGUAAAUAUAAAACGAUGUUUUUUGAUAGAUUAUGGAUUUUCUCAAAAAUUAAAAAAUAAUAUUUGCACAAGUUUAUUCAAAUAUAGAAUUAAGUCAAUAACAUUCAUCCCAGCUCCACUUUUAUAUACUAUUGGAAGUAAUAGACGUGAUGCAUUGAUUGUGAAUAAAGAAUGGAGCACCAUACAUAAAGUGAUUGACCUACGAAUCAUUGGAGAAUAUGAUAUAGAUGAACCAAUUGAUACUAUUAUACUUAAAAGUGAUAUUGAUAUCAGGAAAACUUUGAGAGAGAAUAUCGUCAAUACGAAAGACGGCGUGGGCUGUUGGACCGCAUGUUCAUUAUAUGUUGCUUCUACAAAAAAUGCUAAUUGGCAAGAAAUUACUAAAGAUUAUAUAUCUCAGUGA